AUGGCGUCGCUCUUCUCAUCCCGGCGGAAACCUAAACGCAUUGCGCGGGACGAGCCUGAAGAACAGGCGGACGACGGUGAAGAAGACACGGGCCCCGUAGUCCGCCGACCGAACACGAACGCCCCGCGCACCAAGUCAAAGCUACGAGUCUCCUUCAACCCGACCGAAGACGAUGGCUCCGGCACAGGAAGAGAAACAGGGACGGGCGCCUCAACACCCUCUGAGACGGCCUUACCACGAACAACAAAGCCCUCAAGGAUAGACCUCGCACAAGACAUCAUCUCGCGUCGAGAGCGAGAUCAAGAAUCCCACGACCAAUCCCGCACCCUCUACAAUAAAGCCUACCUAGACGAACUCCGAAACUCGACCCCGUCCACUCCACGCGACAUCUCCUCCCCUCAAGCCACCCCUUCGACAGAUCUCAUCCAACCGUCGUCCCACCUCGAACUAGAUCUCGAAUCCAAAUUCGGCAAGGCCGUCCUGUCAAUCACAUCCUCCCACAUCCCCUCCGCCGCAGAGAUCAAGGAGAAGAAGGACCGCCGCGCCCGCGCCGCCAAGGAACAAGCCGCGAAUGCCUAUUCCGGCCAAACGCACGGUGGUGGAAGUGCCGGCGACGACUUCAUCUCGCUAGAAGACUACGACUCGGACGGCGAAUUCCGCCCCCGCCGCAUGCAAGUCGGCCCGUCGAUCUCGCAGGCCCGCGAAAAGGACACGCGGCUCGUCCAUGAAGACGAAGACAUCGCCGAAGGCUUCGACGAGUAUGUCGAAGAUCCCGGGCGCGUGACGCUCUCCAAGCGCGGGCUGAAGGAGCAGUCGCGCCAAGAACGCGAAGCCAUCCGCAACAUGAUCGACCAGGCCGAGGGCUCCGCGUCAGAGGCAUCAGACAACAACACCGACGCGUCGGACUCGGACUACGAACGACGCAAGGAGUACGAGCUGGCGCAGACGCAUCACGGCAUGGACGGACUCCGCUGGCACUCGUCGCGGACCGCGCAGCUCUCGCGCCCUCAGCAACCGAGAGAGACCACGCCGAUCCCCAAAUUAAGCGUCGGAUUAGCGCGGCUAAAGGACAUGCUUUCCGCGCUCGAGUUUGAAAAGGCCAGGAUUGUCAAGAGGAAAGCGGACAUUGAGAGGGAGAGGGCCGACAUCAAGGCGAGUCAGGAACAUAUCCAGAGGAGUUUGGAGGAGGCAGGCCAGGAACUUGAGAGGGUGAAGAGGGAGCAUGCUGACCAGGUGAAUGGGACCAAUGGCGAAGUGAAUGGCCGUGGGCUGGACGCAAAUGCUGCCGGCACUGAAAGGGAGAGGGGGUUGGAGUCCUUCGGCGAUAAUGCUUGA